CCGUAUCACACCCGGAGAAUGUAAACCUAUCUAGUCCACCCAGGCCAGCACAAGAAGCCCGAACGAGAAUAUUGUAACCCGGAAAAACACAAGAGAGAAAGCCCUAUCUUGAAGAUGGCUUUCCACUGGUAAGUUUCCUAUCUGGCAUCCUCAGGUGGAGCUUCUCGUCCCACCCCUGUAAACCAAACACACUCCACUAUAACGCAGCCAAGGCAGCGAACCUCUCUUCUUCAACCAGAAGCAUAGCCCGGAAAAUGUCCGAUCAAGACUCUCUUGCUCAAACUGUGCAUGUGGGCCACACCACUGAUCGUAUGGCCACCAAUUCAGACAGGAGAGGAUGAGGUGCGGCACCUUGCUAACGGUUAAUUAUAGGUGAAUCGGCGCAAAUCCUUAUGGGACUUGAAACUGUUGUUCACGGCCUCAACACUUAUGUCUUCAAUAGUAGCCCCAUAUAUACCAUCGUGAUCAUUCCCGAUGUUUUCGGUUGGCAGUUUAUCAAUACUCGCCUUAUUGCCGACGAGAUUGGUGACAAAACCGGGGCUACUGUAUAUGUUCCUGACUUUAUGAACGGUUUGUCCCAACUCGCCUUUUCCCAAAAGUUUUGCUGUAUAUUGUGUAGCAAGGGUAUCAUAAUAACCUCAUUUCUAACCGGACAACUUUUGCGAGUUAGGUGAUUCCUUUCCCUUGAAGUAUAACAAUUUCGUGCCGAGCCAGGGAUCCACUCAGCAGCCCCUCCGUCUUAGAUUGUAAGUGAUCAGUUUCGGUAGAAUGGUUUUCCAUGAUUUUCUUCUUUAAUUGUUUUCUGUUCACUGACAGUUUCUUUCCAGGAGGACAGCCGUCGCGUUGAAGCUCUGGCUCUAUCGCCAUAGAGACUCUGAAUGUGGAGCUACCAUUAAUGAAUUUUUCAAAAAUUUGUGCCUCGAGAACCCCAAUCGUAGAGUCUUUGCCGCGGGCUAUUCCUGGGGAGCGAGACAGGCGAUAUUGCUGGCGGGCAGGAGCCGUUCUAUACUCAAUAGCGGCUUUAGAUAUGUCGACGCAGUUUAUGCUGCCUCUCCCUGUAAGCUGAUACUUUUCCAUGCUUCAUAAUCUUUCCCCCUCAUCACAACUUUCCGGUUAUCCAUGGCUCGGCUGAUUGACUUUGCUUGGUAUCAUCAGUGAAACUCACAUUUCCUGAGGAGCUUCACCCUGUCGGUAAACCAAUUUGUUUAGCCCUGGGAAGCGACGAUAAAUUCCUUUCCAAGAAUUCAAUAGAGGAGUUCAAGAACUGGAUCGGGCAGAAGGCCCCGCCCGGCAGUGAGAUUCACGUCUACCCAGGAGCCCCUCAUGGUAAGCUCGCACCGAUUCCCAAGCAAGGCGAUUACUGGGAAGCUAACCAUCGGCCCGGCGAUAAUGUCACAGACUUUGCCGUCCAGGAAAGGCCCGGCCAGAAUCAUAACAAAAGGGCGGCAAUGGAUCAGGCUGAGAGAUUUUUCAAUAAAAUUCUCGAUGAUCCUAAUUGA